GGGUUGCAGGGCUGCGAGGCUGCACGGGGCUCGGGAGCUGUCCCUGGUCUCACUGAAGCAUCUGAGUGGGAAUCUAGGUUGGAAUUGAAGGAUUCUCUAACCUUAAAUCUGUCUGGAGCCACAUCUGGAGAGAUUGCUCCAAAGUUAAGGGCACUACUGGCCUAUAAUUCAGCUCCAAGGGAUCUGACAACCCUUCUGAUCUCUGUGGACACCUGGACACACGUGAAAGAACAUUGAAGUUAUUCUCUAAGCUAUUUGAAGAGCGUGACUAAAUGCACCUGGGUCAGGCUGUCUGUGGGCAUGAAGUGGUUGGGAGACUCCAAGAACAUGGUGUUGAAUGGCAGGAGAAAUGGAGGCAAGUUGUCUAAUGACCACCCGCAGACUCAAACAAAAGUCCUGCACCCGGGCAAGGACGCCCUGAAGACUGGCGUGGAGAGGCGGCCAAGCAGAUGCAGUAGUAACUCAGGCUUCGAAGGACAGAGUCGUUAUGUGCCGUCUUCUGGAAUGUCCGCCAAGGAACUCUGUGAAAACGAUGACUUAGCCACCAGUUUGGUUCUUGAUCCCUAUUUGGGUUUUCAGACACACAAAAUGAAUACUAGCGCCUUUCCAUCGAGGAGCUCAAGGCAUUUUUCAAAAGCUGACAAUUUUUCUCACAACAACCCUGUGAGAUCUCGGCCUGUUAAGGGGCGACAAGAAGAGCUGAAGGAAGUAAUCGAGCGCUUUAAGAAAGAUGAGCACUUGGAGAGAGCUUUCAGGUGUCUGACUUCAGGUGAAUGGGCACGGCACUAUUUUCUCAACAAGAACAAAGCGCAGGAGAAGUUAUUCAAGGAACAUGUAUUUAUUUACUUGCGAAUGUUUGCUACUGACAGUGGAUUUGAAAUACUGCCUUGUAACAGAUACUCUUCAGAACAAAAUGGAGCCAAAAUAGUUGCAACAAAAGAGUGGAAACGAAAUGACAAAAUAGAAUUACUGGUGGGUUGUAUUGCCGAACUUUCAGAAAUUGAGGAGAACAUGCUUCUUAGACACGGAGAAAACGACUUCAGUGUCAUGUAUUCCACAAGGAAAAACUGUGCUCAACUCUGGCUCGGUCCUGCUGCAUUUAUAAACCAUGAUUGCAGACCUAACUGUAAGUUUGUGUCAACGGGUCGGGACACGGCAUGUGUGAAGGCACUCAGAGAUAUUGAACCUGGGGAAGAAAUUUCUUGUUACUAUGGAGAUGGGUUUUUUGGAGAAAAUAACGAGUUCUGCGAGUGUUACACAUGUGAGAGACGGGGAACUGGUGCUUUUAAAUCCAGAGCAGGACUGCCUGCGCCUGCUCCUGUUAUCAAUAGCAAAUAUGGACUCAGAGAGACAGACAAACGCUUGAAUAGGCUUAAAAAGUUAGGGGACAGCAGCAAAAACUCGGACAGUCAGUCUGUCAGCUCUAACACUGAUGCAGAUACCACUCAGGAAAAAAACAAUGCAACUUCUAACCGAAAAUCUUCAGUUGGUAUAAAAAAGAACAGCAAGAACAGAACACUGACCAGGCGGUCCAUGUCAAGAAUCCCCGCUGCCUCCAACUCUACCUCACCUAAGCUAGCUCACAUGAACAAUUCCAGGGUACCAAAGAAACUGCAAAAGCCCGCGAAGCCUUUCCUUCCCAAGGUCAAGCUGAGGAACCAUUGCAAGCGGCUGGAGCAGAAGAACACGUCCAGAAAGCUCGAAGUGGGGAACGUAGUGCUUAAGGAGCCUAAAGUUGUCCUCUACAAAAACCUGCCUGUGAAGGAGAAGGAGCCCGAGGGAUCUGUCCACGCUGCAGUGGCAAGCGGGUGCUUGACAAGACAUGCUGCGAGAGAACACAGGCAGAACCCUGGGAGAGGUGCUCACCCACAGGGCGACGGGUCCCCCUGCACAUACACAACCCGACGCUCCAUGAGGACGAGGACGGGUGUGAAGGAGGCGGAGGACAUCAAGCUUGAACCAAACUCAUUGGAUGGCUACAAAGACAGCCUUCUGGAGCCUUGCCCGGACAGUGGUGAGCAGCCGGCCCUGGAGGUGCUGGAAACGCUGGCUCCUGAGACAGGGCACACGGAGGAAAUCAAGUGUCUGAGGAGUGACCCCAGUGUGUCCAGAAAGAAACCACGAACAGGGAAGCCCACGAAACCGUCGGCAAAGACAGAGGACUCCAGCCUGCGACAUGACAUGCCUGGGGAGGACGGGGUGCCAGAUUUGCCGGGGCCCCAUCCUGACCACGGUGAGCCCAGCAGCACAGCCGGGGUGCCUGUGAGCUACGCAGACUGCGCUCCCUCCCCUGUCGGCUGCUCCAUUGUCACAUCUGAUGGCUUCAAAACGAAGGACGGCUUUAGAAGUGCGAAAAGCAAAAAGAAGCGGAGAAUCACCAGGUACGACGCACAGCUGAUCCUGGAGAACAGCUCUGGGAUUCCCAAACUGACCCUCCGCAGACGUCAUGACAGCAGUAGCAAGACAACCGACCCGGAGAGUGAUGGCAUGAGCUCUUCAAAGAUCAGCAUCAAGCUGAGUAAAGACCAUGAGAGCGACAGCAACCUGUAUGUAGCAAAGCUCAAUAACGGGUUUAACUCGGGCUCAGGCAGCAGCUCCACAAAGCUGAAGAUCCAGCUCAAGCGGGACGAGGAGAGCAGGGGGUCGUUCGCAGAGGGCCUUCAUGAAAACGGGGUGUGCUGCAGCGACCCUCUCUCCCUGCUGGAGUCACAGAUGGAAGUGGAUGACUACAGUCAGUAUGAGGACGAGAGCACCGACGAUUCGUCCUCUUCCGGGGGUGGGGAGGAGGAGGACGACUACGAUGACGACUUCGAGGACGACUUCAUUCCUCUCCCUCCUGCUAAGCGACUGAGGCUCAUAGUUGGCAAAGACUCCAUAGAUAUUGACAUCUCUUCAAGGAGAAGGGAAGAUCAGUCCUUAAGGCUUAACGCAUGAGCCCUGGGCCUUUGGUUGCUAAAGAAACAAAAUUCCAGUCCGUCCCUCGCUCCUCGGCCGACCCUCCUCAGCGGCAGCACUUCUGUCCCUCAUCCUCAGCCUCCCGGUGUCAAGUGCACCACGCCGACUCUUGUGAAGUCUCAUCUGUGCAAGUCGAAACUGCCCUUUUCACAGUCUUCUUAUGUGCAAUUCCGAGUUAGAGGGAAAGCCUCUGUGAGAUGGAGCUGCACACUGUCCAGUGGCUGCAGCUUCCCACGCAGGCCCUUCUGACAGUAACGCGGCUGCACAACGUCUGUAGCUGUAAGAGCGGCGGCUGCUCUUUAAUCGAUGACUAAACAAUAACUCCACGUGAACGUAGCGGCAUACUAACUAAGGAUUCGCGUACUCGCUAAUAUCACCAGCAAUGACCUUUGGCUUCUCGGUUUAUUCACUAGCCGUCUCCCCCUUGGAGCUGUGUGGUCACACACUGCUGGCCAGGCGUGCUGUCCGUGGCCAUGGUUAACAUGGCAGACCAUCAGCUGGGAGUCAGAUUGGUUUCUUCAAGAAAAAUUUCAGCGCAGUUCUCUGCCUGACAGUCACUUACGUAAGUCAUAACGUGGGAGGCUGGCAGUGCAGGACGAGUUCAGAGCAGCGUAUUUAUUGCUUGUCGUGUACAUUAAAGACCUUGUAUUUAACAGAACUUUUCAAUCCUUUUAGAUAAAAUUGUUCUUUGCAAGAAUGAUUGGUGCUUAUUUUUUCAAACCUUUGCUGUGAGCAACGUGGCAACGAGCAGCGUUUACCCGAUGAACUCCAGCCGUUCUAAUUUGGUUCACGUUUUCUGUUGCACUUGUAAAAUGCUGCAAGGAACAUUAAGAGGAAUCUGUUCACUUUAACUUAUAAUAGUUUAUGAAAUAAAAACAGGAGCCACAGCUUUUGUUCUGUGGAAACCUAUAAAAAUGUUUGUCUUUGGGAUUCAAUGUAAAGAGCUGAAAACAAUGUAUAUGUUGUAAAUAUUUGUGUGUUGUGAGAAAUUUUUGUCAUAAGAAAUUAAAAGAACUUACCAGGAAGGUUUUUAAGUUUAGAAAUAUUCAUGCCAAUAAAAUAGGAAAUUAUGUAUAGUUUUAAGCACUGCAUCAGUGGGAGUUCUUGGCUUAUCUGAGUUUAUUAUGAAAAUAUCAAAGAUUUUUUUGAUUAUAUUAUCAGUCAAGCAAAAAGAGGAGUCAGAUUUAAUUUGUUUUUUGAAGCACUUUGAGAAGAGAAAUUAAUUUUAAGUAACUUAAUGAGCAAAUUUUUGAUUGCUAUAUGUUCAAUACCAAGCUUGUUUGUUUCUCUAGAUGAUUUUGCAAGUCAAAGAAUUUGGGAAUAUUGACCUGUAGCAGGCAUUUGACACUGGUGGAUCUGUGUCUUUACUGGGAAGUGUGUGCUUACUUGUUCUUUCAGAUAUACAGUGUUCCUAAAUGAAACCAAGCUAGGGGACUCCUAGUGUCUGUAGAAAAGUCGUGUCUUACCGUGUCGGAAGGAACCUGCAGGGAGGGAAAAGUCCAUCGUAGAACACCUUUGCUUGCCUCUUAGCUAUAGACUCCUACCAGUGUCCAGCUCUGGGGAUACCAAGUUCCUUGAAUCUGUUGCCAGUAGUUUCCAAAUGGAAAUGAGACUUGGUGCAGCUUUGCCCCAUGUCCUCCCAGAACGCCAGUUGUCCUGUGGAAACCCGUCCUUGUUACGGUGCAGCCUGAUCCUCGGGCACUUAACUAGGAGGCAGGAGGUGGGCUCCACACACACAACACACCUUGCUGCAGCCAUGAAGUAGAGCAGCCCCAGGUCUUGGGACCUCCUGUCACAGGGCAGUGGGAACACAUGACACAGUGUGCCCAGUCCUCAGACCCCUGCCACCUUCGGGAAGUUGAAAGCGGACUGGGGAGCCUGCCCAGGGCAGCAGCUGCCACUCCUUCGCUGGGGCUGUUUGGAGAGGUUCGGAGACUUAAAUCCUUUCUUUAAAUACCAACAAUAGCCAUUUCAGGAAUUGCAGUCUUAAGGAAAAGUAACACAUUUCCCAUUUUCUCCACUCUUAAGCUUAAUUUAGUAACUUAUUUAUGAUGUUUCGUUUUGCUGUGGCCUCAUGCUUUGAGGCCGACCUUCCCAUGGGUCUGUGCAGUGGCUGGUGAGCCACUGCCUCUCAGGAGUCAUGUGCACAAGCAUUCAGCGGUGCCGCUGAUGCCAUCUAGGGAACCCUAUUUCCGUUUCUCAAGGCAGGGGCCUCAGACUGUUCUCGAUCUGCUGUAGACUUCACUGUGGGCGUGCUAGAACCCACACUCUUGACCAGUCUGGAAGAGGUUACAUUCAAUAAAACUUUCAGCUCGAGCUUAUGCAAUGAUUGGUAAAGUUUUUGGCAAUUGUAAGAAUUAGGAAAUGAUCCUAGAAAUAUAUGUAAAGUAUUCCAUUUUCAAUCAUUUUUCAAAUUACUGUUUUAAAUUGUUUUGCUGAGUUGUAAUACUUUUGAGAUACAAUGUAUUCCUUGUACUGAAAGAAUGAAUAAGGACUUUUUCAGCAUUUGAGGUAAGUUCUUUAACGUUUCAUUAAAAACAUUUUUUACAAAUAUUUUGUACAUGCACUUGCAGUAUUGAGGUUAAUCAUUUUAAUAAAUUCAGAAAUUAAAACAA